AUUUCGUAUUAACGGGUUCUUAGUUCUUACCUUUUGUAGCGUUGCAUGUGUGUUUAUUUCAAUUUUACUUCGGUUUUCCAAUCAAUUUUUUUUUUCAAUUAGGGUUUUUAGGCUUCAACCAAGAUUUAGGGAUCUGCUGAUAAUUUCUGUACAGUUCAAUGGAGCAAGGUUUGGGUUUCAAUUCAAAUUCAAAUACUCCUUUUGAUUCAAUUGAUAAAUCUAGGGUUUUGGAUGUGAAGCCAUUGAAAUUUAUUGUCCCAAUUUUCCCAAAUUCACCACCCGAAGUCGGACCGUUUUACCCCUUUCUAGCUCCAAACACCACUCAAAAAUCCACAAUUGUUGCCCAAACACCCCAACCCAAUUAUGGGGGCAACGGCCCCCUUAAGGAUGCCGCGCUCGACCGUUGCGGUAGUGAGUUUAGCAAGGACCGGGACGUGUGUGCCGUUAGUAAUUUGGGCAAGCGUAGGGGUCGUCCACCUAGGGAAAAACCCGAGAAUGUCGAAGAUGAUUUUGGUGCCAAUGCGGUUAUUAACACCUUCUUGAAAUCGUUCAACCUUCACGAUUUCGAAGAAUUCAAAAGGCGCAACAAUGACAGGGGUAUAGUCGGAACCGUACUCUUCGUGUACGAUUCCAUUCGCCGACAUCUCACCCAACUCGAAGAAUCGAAGCAGUUGUCACUCAGACGCCCCGACUUGAAAGCCGGUGCUGCUUUAAUUUCCAAAGGAAUCCGAGCGAAUAGCACAAAGAGAAUCGGGAAUAUUCCGGGGGUUAAAGUUGGGGAUAUAUUCUUCUUUAGAAUGGAGCUGUGUAUAGUCGGACUGCACGGUCACACUAUGGGAGGUAUAGAUUACACUACGGCAGUGAACGGAGAAUCUAUGGCAGUGAGUAUAGUCUCUUCCGGAGGGUACGAUGACAACGAUAACGACAAUGAAGAUGUGUUGAUGUACACGGGGCAGGGCGGUGUGCAAAGAAGGGACGGUCAAGUGUUCGAUCAAAAGCUCGAAGGAGGAAACCUAGCUCUCGUAAAUAGCUUCCAUCGAGGCAAUGAAGUGAGAGUUAUAAGGGGCGUAAAAGAUAAAACCGAUGGCUCGAACGGUAAGAUUUACGUUUACGAUGGCUUGUACCAAAUUCAAGAUUCGUGGACUGAAAAAAUUAAAUCUGGAUUCAGUGUUUUCAAGUAUAAGCUUGUGAGGGUGCCUGGCCAGCCGGAGGGUUUCUCCUUGUGGGAAUCGAUUCGGAAAAAAGACGGAAAUGCCCUCCGGGCUGGUCUCGUUGGCGAGUGCCAGCCUGUCGCUUUGGUGAACGACGUUGACGGUGAAAUGGGCCCCGCACAUUUCACGUACGUUCGUAGCCUUAGAUACGCUAAACCUUUUCAGACAUCGAAACCUUAUUCGGGAUGUCGUUGCUCGGGGGGUUGUCAGCCAGGUGACGCAAGCUGUCCUUGCAAUCGAAAAAAUGAUGGUUUUGCCCCUUAUUCGUCGAUUGGGGUUCUUCUGAACCCGCCGAACAAAUGGUUGAUACACGAGUGUGGAUUCACUUGUUCGUGUCCUCCAAACUGUAGGAAUCGUAUGUCGCAGAUAGGUGUGAAGGUUCGUUUUGAGGUAUUUAAGACGAAGAAUAAAGGUUGGGGUCUUAGGUCUUUAGAUCCGAUUCGUGCGGGAGGGUUUAUAUGUGAAUAUGCAGGGGAUGUUAUCGAGGGGUUUACGGAAAACGGUUUCGGGAAUGAAAUUGAUGACGAUUAUAUUUUCGACGCUACUUGUGUGCGUGGUGAUGGUUCCGGUGGUUUGGGAAAAGACCCUUUUGCCCUUGUUAUCAGUGCCAAAGAGAAUGGGAAUGUGGCUCGUUUCUUGAACCAUAGUUGUUGUCCGAAUGUGAUGUGGCGGCCCGUUUUACGUGAGAGCAACAGCGAUUCGUAUGUGCAUGUUGCCUUUUUUGCUAUUAGACAUAUCCCUCCCAUGCAGGAGUUGACGUAUGAUUAUGAGAUGGUUCGGCAUGAGAAACAACGAGACGAAAGAAAGAAGAAGUGCCUGUGUGGAUCGACAAAGUGCAGAGGGCACUUCUAUUGAUCGUGCCGAGGAAUUAUUAGGGAAGAUGGUAUCAGAGAAGUAGCAAGACAUGUCAACAUUUGUUAUUGAGAAACAGCAGCGACUAUUCAAGCAAUCGAGAGAUUAUAUUGUGGACGACGUAAACGUUCAUAAAUCAAUCUAUUUGGUUAAUGUCGUCUCAGAUCCGAUGUGGAUUAACUGUCCAGUUAAUCAAGCUAUAAAUAAGUUGUUGCUACAAUAUUAAUCUGAUAAUGUUUUAUUGAAUUUUUUGUAAACUCUUGGGUUGUAGCAAUGGGAGGUGAGAAAAUAUUCUCUUUAUGGGAAAAUGAAGAGAAAUGGUUUUCUUCAAA